ACCCGCUUCCGCCGUCUCGGGAUUUUGUUCCGACGAGCUUCCAGCAGCUCCGGUGGAUUAUCAAGUCAGUCGGUUGGGAAUCGUCGGAGCGUUACGACUUGCGUGUGGGUUGGUGACCGUCGUCGUGGUCGCGUGGAACAUUUCCGGAAGUUUCGUGUCGGUGUCGGUGUUUUGCUUCCGGGAGAUCCCCCGUCGCCAGCUGUCGUACUAGUGCGGUGGUACUACAAGCGGUUGUGUUUUGCCGUUCAGGUGUGUUUGUGUGUGCGUGCAGGGUUUGCGUGUGUAAUGCAAUAAUUUGCCGAGUGUUGACGUGUUCAACGCAUCGAUCUGCGGCAUGCCCCCACUUUUUGAUGGCUAAUUUUUAAGUCACGGUCCACCCACCUUUAAACACUCUUCAAACAGGGGAAAAAGGAGUGCGGGUUUGGAACCGAACCGAAAGCAGCAACUUUGAGUUUUGGCUCCAGGGAAAAGGAAUCAACUUCAGAAUAGCACCCCUGAGGACACUAGUACCCCUUAAUGUGUGGGUGGAACGAUGUAUUACACUCCCAGGCCGGGGAAAACAGAAGGGUGGGAUAGCGUGAAUGUCGACUCAUAUCGCGGUUCUAUUACUAGGGUAGAAGGACCUUACGUCAUCACUUUCGUAGUUUUAUUUUACUGAUUAACAAGGAUAAAAAGAAACCAGUUGAAAAUAGGUGCCCUUCCCUUACGUGUAGUAGCUAGUGUAGAGCGCACCUACUCCACUAGUGUAAUGUGACAAGGACAUUGCCAUUUCGUAACCCGACACCCGACAAACAGGCAACAGUUGGUACGAUAGUCCCCGCCUCGCGGCCCUCCCCGAUGAUACCAUGAAUGACACACGCGGUGAAAUGAUGUUGGUGAACGUGAAUUAUUCAGUUUGUUUGCCCGGUGGCGGUGAGCAAACCAGCCUCCCAACGGUUGGACAGUUCGGCGCGCCGACCAGUACAGGAUCACCGCCGGAACGUUGCGGAAGUGGGUGCGUUGUAGGUCGAUUGUACCGAUCGAAAAAUUGCCAAGGAAAAAGGAGUCGCGAAAUUUCCCGUUCUCGUCUUUGUCGUGCCGUCGUGUGACUUCGGACGAUUGUGAGUUCGUGCGUGCGUGCGUGUGUGUGUGUCACAAGAAUUGGCGCGAAACUUUCUACACACGUGUGUGUCGUUUUUUCCCUUUUUUUUGGGAUACAAAAUAAAAAAAACACGAAGGAAAAGCUCUGCGAAUCUUUCUACUCGAUAAACGAUCGUCCCGGGGAUGAAGUUUCGCCAAUCGGAAGGAUUAUUGUGUUUCCGUUGUACGGGCACCAGUGCUCCUCAAUAAGGAGUGUGUGAGUGUGAAGUUGUGCUUCUGUCCGUGUGUGACACCGGGUAAAGGAAAGGCUUAACCGGAAGCUGAAGAAGACGAAGAACAAGCAGAAGAUCGCGUGAGGGAAAACCAAAAGGAGAAACAUUGUCAUUUUCCGGCUGACUGCACUAAAGGAAAAUUGCUCGGAACCCUCCCCCCUGCCCCGCCCUGCUCACCGUAGUGGAUUUAGUGGACGACUUUCCGCGAAGGACAUCCCCGGACGGAGAAUAUUUCCAAGGAUUACCCCGACGACAACAACACCAACAAUGACUCCAUUACGAACGCUGCUGCUGCGGAGGUUACCGGCCAUUCUGCUGCUGCUCCUCGCCCUCACCGAAUCAGCGCUGGCCCGCAGCUACGAAAAGGAAGGCUACCACCGGAAGGGCAAAUCGGCGCAAAUUUCCGCCCCCCAGCCGACCAUCACGACCCCCCUGAUGGACCUCUGCUCGGAAGACAUCAACAUGAAGCUGGCCUGCCACUGCUCGCCCGAAGCCCACGCCAAAGCCCAGAAGGCGUCCUGCUCGAUCUUCGACGGCGAACUGCCCCGCAAGGACGCCAACUGGCUCGCCUUCCACACCCAAACCAGCCUCGAGCAUCUCAAGUUCACGAUCCGCAAGUCCGGCAACCUCACCUACAUCCCCUCGGACGUCAUCUUCACGCUGAAGAAGCUGCGCGUCCUUACCAUCGAGUACGGCAUCAUCGGGGACAUUUACCCGCACGCCUUCGGCAACCUCACCGAACUGCGCCAGUGCAACCUCCCGAACAACCAGAUCCGUACCCUACAUCCGAACGCCUUCGCCAACCACCCAUCGCUGGAGCAAAUCACGCUCGAAAACAACGACAUCCGCAAGAUCGACCGGGAAGCGUUCGUGAAUCUGCCCCAGCUGGUGCGGCUCAACCUGGCCAACAACAGCAUCGCCGAGCUGCACGACAACGGGUUCGUCGAGCUGACGAAGCUGGAGGAGCUGCGGCUGGAGAUGAACUUGAUCUCGGUGCUUGCGAAGGAGUACUUCAAGGGGUUGGAGAAUUUGAAGUCGCUGAAGCUGUCGUACAACGAUGUGAAUUACGUUGGUGCGACCGUGUUUGCUGAUUUGUGGAGUUUGCAGAUGCUGUUCCUGGACAGUAAUAAGAUUGAGAAACUGGACGAGCGCGCCUUCGACGGGCUCAACAACCUGCGCCACCUGCACCUGGAGAACAACCGCCUCGUUACGCUCGAAAGCGGCACCUUCACCAGCGUGUCGGCCCUGGCCGUGCUCAACCUGGACGGCAACUACCUGGAGACGCUCAGCUACAACCACAUCGUGCCGCUGAUGGACAACCUCGUCAACGCCAGCUCGCUGCUCUCCGUUCGCGACAACCGCUUCGUGUGCGACUGCCGGCUGGCCUGGGUGUACGACCUGAGCAACCGCACCCGCAACGAGGACCUGAAGGAGAAGCUGCACGCGAUCGAGUGCACGCUCGGCAAAUCCCCAUCGGACAACGCACUCGCCAGUCAGGACAGUUCGGCGGCGGCGGCGUCCGCCUCAUCGUCCAUCUUCCAGGACGGCGAGCUGGACGACGAGGGCGAUUACAUCGAGGACGCCGCCCAGGACAACGAGUCCACCGUCGAGGAGAAGCCCGAGAUCGUGAACCUGUUCCGGCUGGGCAAGGAGCACCUGCCCUGUCCGGAGGAGCUGGUUGGACCCACCGACGGACCGAACCCGCGCGAAUCCAAGGGCCUGCUCGAUCUGCACUGGGGCCACUCGGGCGUGAGUGCGGUUCGGCCUGGCGGUGGCAGCAGUAAUGCGCUGUUUGGGCUGUGCGUCGCGGCGGCCUCCAGCCUGGUCGUGGGCACCGUGAUGAUCUCCGCCAGGGUUCGGUGGUAAAGGUAGACACACUGACACACAAACAGACACACACACACAUACUUUCGCUAACUUAUUUUCCGCUGUGUAUGUAUUAGAUGUAAGAGGAAAAAGACAAAGAUUGACUCAUACUCACUAGCUCACUCACAAUCACAACAAUCAUAUACGUUCACGAGAGAGAGAUCAUUAAACAAAACACACUCAAAUAAGAUGAAUUUAAGAAAAUAAAAAGGACUGUGUGCGCUACCAAAAAAAAAAAAAAAAAUGACGGAAAAAUGUGUAAAUGGUCCCCCGAUCCCCCUCUGCAAAAGACACGCAUACCAAAUCAUUCACACAUGGGCGGUGUCGUGCUCUGCUGGUAUUGCAAGUGCCAUUUUAGUUAAAUGUUAUGAUUGAUAUUGAGGAAACAGAAUUGAUGGAAAAAAUGAUUGCAAGAAUUCUCCCAACUUUUUAAUCUCAAUUUUAGAUCAUGUUCGUUUUCGACGACAACUAAUUUAAAUGAACAAAUUAAAUUUAACUUAUUCAAACAAAGUGACCAACCUCUUGAAAUUGAAAAAUUCUAAAAUAACUGUUCAAAUCUAGAGACUGUGAUUUUAGCGAUUUGCAGUCUGGAAUUCGACAUGGUUUGCGAUGACUAUCCAAGUUCAAGUUGCCGCUCCCAUUUCCAUCGCACACCAGCGGCACGGAUAGGGAAAUUGGGUACUAAAGCCCUAUUUCAAUUUUCAAGUACAACGGCAAAAAAUUGGCAAAAAACAUGAUUAAAAACCAUUGCUGAACAGUCAAGUACAACGGCAAAAAAUUGGCAAAAAACAUGAUUAAAAACCAUUGCUGAACAGUUUUUUCAUGUUUACGCAUUUUUUUUUUUUUGACAUGGCAACACUUUAUCGAUAGAUCAACUAUGGUCCCCUUGGAACGAACUGUCAAGUAGGACCUUUUCUGUCAAGAAAAAGUUUGAAAAAAAAUAAAUUAAAAGUUCAUUUUAAAUCCUUUGUGGUCGUUCAAAGGGUCAUUGUACUCGGAAAAAUAAGCCUUUUCGUUGGGAACAAUAGUAAUAAUAAAAAUGUAAGCUUAAAUUAAGGACCCAAUUGUUGAUGCUCCACUUUUUCAACAGGACAAGGGAAAAUCUCCACGGAAUCCUUAAAUAAGUUUCGCUUGGAUUUGGACGAGUUUUGGGAAGGUGAAUUGUCUAUGUGGCCCCUAGGCGAAUGGUUCUCCUUUCUAAUUUACCAAUAUUGAAUUUUUCUUCUCAUCCCUUAUUCGGUGAAUUCUAGUUGCCCAAGCUAUUUUAAAUUAAGUAACGUGAGAGAAUUAGCUGUAAGUUUGCAAUUAUUAAAUUAUUACCGUUAAAAAUUGCUGUUUUUUGUCAGUAAAAUGUGUUGUACAAUCUAACAAAAAUUAUAGUAAAAUUACAUACAAAAAAAGUAAAUAUUCAACCAUUUUUUUCAAGCUUCUAAAAUUCUAUUUUAUUUCUGUGUGCUCGAACAAACUGGGCACUGAUCGCAAAAUUUUUGUAUUGAUUUCCACUUAUUUUGAGUUUUCAAAUGCAAAAUACAAAAAUGAUUACGCUUAAACUGUACUUUUCAUUGUUGAAAGAUUCUAAAUAUGCAAUACCUAUAAACACUAAAUUUUGCGAAUAUUUUCACGAACACAUGCUCAAAAAAUCACUAAAAUUUUCAUCAAUUGCCAAAUUAUUGACGUGAAAUGUAGUCCAGAUUUUAACCGCUCUUAGUUUUAAAGUAAUUUUUUAUAAUUUUCAGUACAUAUUUUGAUUUAUUUUUAUUUUUCAUAAUUUGUUAUUGAAUUUUUUUUUGCCUUUGCUUUUGGUGGUGGAUUCUUCAUCGCUGUGGUGAGUUUCCUAAUAUUCAAAUUGACCGUUAAAAUGCAGAUUGAUGGAAUUUUAAAGAAAUGUACAUCUGUUUGUCUGUGAUUAAGGUUUAGAUGGUAAAAUACGCAAAUUUCAUACGAUAACAUUUUUUUUGAAAAAAAAAUGUUGAAACUGAACAAAUUGAAUUUAAAUAGGUGCAUAAUCAAUUUUGACUAGGGUGAAUUCGGAUUUGCAGCAGAGAUGCCACAUAGUUUUUAAAAAUUUCUGUAAAAAGUCUGGGUAUGACUUUGUAGUUGUCCAAUAUUCAAAUUUGCCUAUUUAAAGUCAUGGAAAUCCAUCAGAAAUUGCGUUUUUAAGCAUUUUUGUAGUCUGAAGAGGGAGUGUCAUGUUUGGGCAACUUGUAAAGAAUUCUUUGUUUAGAAAAAUUCCCAAUAAAAAUUUCAAAUUUUUCUAAUCCAAUCAAAACAAAUAAUUAAAAAAUCUGAUUUAAACCAAAAUAUUAAUAAAAAAUAUUUCGAUUAAUUCAUCAACAAUAUGAAUUUUAACAGGUUUUCUGAUCCAUUUUGAGUAAAUGGUUGGUUUUGAAGGAGACUCAUGAGAAAUAAUUGGCAAUCUAAAACUGUAAUUUCAACCUUCAAGUUAAAAAAUUGUUUUCUGUUAAACAUAAAUUUCAAAAUGCGCGAAAUACCUAUUUAACUGCUUAUAUUUUUACUUUUAAAAAACUUUUCAGGGAAAAUAGCAAUUUAUUUAUCACAAAAGACAGUCAAGCAUAGUUAAAAAAAUUAAAUUGUUGAAAUUUUAUAUAUUUCAAAUCAUGAGCUUUUUGAUAAAGAAGAAUUUCACAACAAUUUUGCAAGUCGAAAGAUUGGAUUUAUUAUUAUUUUACUGUAAGGCCGUUGCAAAUAUUUUUUAAAGUUUAUGUUUAAUUAUCUACUGACAGAGAAAAUGCUUUUUUUGCAGAAUUCUCAAAUUAAAAAAAAACCACGAAAUAUGACAAACGGUGAAAUCUGACUAACAAUUAGCGACAUGGCACUUGCAACAGCAAAACAGAACGACAUCGCCGAAAUAAACCAUUGAAGUUAAUUGAUAAGAUAGUAAGAAAAAUUUACAAAAAAAAACGCCCGACACGGAUUCACAAAUUGUACUUUUGUGUACCCUGACCGAGAAGGCAAAAACCUCCUCCUGCUCCUUCUCCUUCUCCCCUCCCCAUCUUUAUAGCUACUUCUCUUUUAACACGUGGUAAAGAUAUAGACAUUAAGCUAACCUAGUAAAACAGAUACAGAUUCUUCUACACAAUAAGGCGAAAAAAAGGUGAUGAAUAAGUGAGACAUUAAGGUAAAUAAAGAAAAUUUGAGGAAAAAAAA